GUCGACGACGAGGACAACGACGACGACGACGGCGGCGACGACGAGGACGACGACGGGGACGACGACGACGAAGACGACGAAGACGACGAAGACGGGAAAGAGCAGAAGGAGGAGGAGGAGGUAUUGCGAGGACAUCGGUAGCGAGAACUUGGUACCAGUGACGAAGACGUUCAUAGUGAAGGUGCUAACGAUAGUACUACGUGACGUCGUGUCACGGUCGAUCUCAUUUCGGGAACUCCGGAAUUCGGUGGUUUCAUUUUAAGGAGGAACGAAGAAAGAGAAAGAAAAAGAGAGGAAGAGAGAGAGAGAGAGAGAGAGAGGAAGAAAGAAAGAGAAACAGUGAUUCGUGAGGAACAUUAAAUCGUGUCGUAAUCACGACAUGACCAAACCGAAAGGUUAAUAUUUUAGGCUAACUUUUUCAGGUGUAUACGCGACGUGACGAAAAGAGAGAUAGAAAUAGAGAGAGAUAGAGAUAGGGAAUAAGAGUUUAGGUAAGAAAAAAUAAAUAAAGGAAAAUAGAGGAAGGGAAAAAAGUGACAAAGAAGAUAAAACGAGGGAGACGCGGUAUAAGAGUGAGUGAGAGAAAGAGAUAGAGAAAAAGGGAGAGAGAGAGAGAGAGAGAGAGAGAGAGAGACAGUGAGGAGUAGGUAGAGCUGCUAGUAUAAGGGGGUGGGGGUGUAGGAGGAAGAAGAGGCGCGCGCUGCGAGCGCUAGGAGCGGCGCCGUCGAAGGAGGAACCGUGUCUCUCUUUUCCUCAUCCUCCAGGAGAAGACCAGAGAGAGAGAGAGAGAGAGAGAGAGAGAGAUAGAGAGAGAAAGAGAGAGAGGAGAGAGAGAGGUUAUAUAGUAAAAGUAGAAGAAGAAGAAGAAUAAGGAGAAGAGGAGGAAAUAGAAGAAGUAGAAAAAGAAGAAGAAGGAGAAGAAGAAACAGUGGUGCCGCGGCACACCACGCCAUGCCGCGUCGUCGUCUCUAACGUCAACGAUAAAUAAGAUAGAUCAAGAUAAAAGUCAAGUAAAAUAAUAGAAAAAUGUUGGCGAGUGUAGGUGAACGGAGAGCGCCGGUGAUCGGUCUAGCUCUAAUGUUGCCUUUGAUUUUCUUCUUGUUAUUUGUCAUGGCAUUUAGUCCAUCGAUGGCUCAUAGGCCAGCUCCGAACAAUCCAAUUUUGCUGCAGCCUUCUGUACCGAGCACCAGCACCAGCACGGUUACGCCCUACUGGAUGCAAUCUUCUUCUAAUAAUAAUAAUAAUAAUAAUAAUAAUAAUAAUAAUAAUAAUAAUAAUAAUAAUAAUAUUAAUAUUAAUAAUAAUAAUAAUAAUAAUAAUAAUAAUCAUAAUGAUAACAACAAUAACAACAACAACAACAACAACAAUAACUACAAUAAUAACUAUAACGCCAGCUUUGAGAACGGUGAUGAGUUGAACAUGAUCGGCGGAUACAACGUCACAAUUCAUCAUCAUCAUCACUCGAAAGUAGGCGGUGAUAUGGCCGAAGAAAAGGCUCCGCUCUUCCCCAACGAUCUAUUUACCGUCCAACAACGACGACGUGGCGCCGUAAUACUUCACGUACUCGGUGUCGUCUAUAUGUUCGUCGCAUUAGCGAUCGUAUGCGACGAGUUCUUCGUACCCUCGUUGGAUGUUAUCAUAGAAAAACUUGAGAUUGCCGAUGACGUUGCUGGUGCCACCUUCAUGGCUGCCGGUGGCUCCGCACCAGAACUUUUCACAUCGGUCAUCGGCGUCUUCGUUUCAUUCGACGACGUUGGUAUUGGCACCAUCGUUGGAUCAGCCGUAUUUAAUAUUCUAUUUGUCAUCGGCAUGUGCGCUAUAUUCUCCCGUACCGUAUUAUCACUCACAUGGUGGCCACUAUUUCGUGAUUGCACCUUCUAUAGCGCAAGCCUACUCACCCUGAUCUACUUCUUUCGAGACAAUUAUAUAUACUGGUACGAGGCCCUCGUGCUAUUUGGAUUCUACUUGGCAUACGUCAGCUUCAUGAAGUGGAACCAACCGAUGGAGAAACUCGUCAAGAGGAUACUCUACAGGAACAGGGUGACUAGGGUGAGGUCUACGGAUCAGCUGAUGCCCUCGCACCAGAGCGCCGCCCAAGCAUUGCAGCAUCCGAAUGCAACCAACAGUAGCGAGACGAGCGUGGGUGGUGUAUCGGGUGCAUGCGGGAGUAGCGGUAUGCCAGGAACAGGGGAUGCUGGCUGCAGUAGCAGCAGGGGUGGAAGUAGCAGCGGUGCUGGUGGAGGUGCUGGUACAACAGGACAGGGCUGCGAACAGGUCCCAUCAUCUCACUCGACCAGGGAGAGCCACGCCAAGUUCAGGCACGGCCUACUACAGCUUAUGAUCCAUACGAUCGAUCCGCUCCACGACGGUCAGUCCCGCGCCGGUAAGGUGGACGAAAAAGCAACGCAGCUGCACGCGAUAGCGUCUUUGAAGGUGCUACUGGAUGCAACGAGGCCUCACAACGGUGCUGCGACCUCGACAGCGGCCCAUUAUUCCGGUGCAUCCUCCAAGGAGACUACCCUACAACUUCAACAGGGUUCUCAGGGUACCACAACGACCACCACCACGACAACUACCACUGCUGGCACCACAGCUGGCAUUCAGGAACUUCCAAACGGCGGUAUAGCCGCCGGUCUCGACGCCGGCCUCGAAUCGGGCGAAGAGGAUGAGCCUCCAGAAGCCUUGGACAUGGGCUGGCCUAGUAGUCCUAAAAAGAGGCUAACUUAUAUAUUAGUAGCACCGAUUCUCUUUCCUCUAUGGUUAACUCUACCAGACACACGAACACCCAGAGGAAAAAAAUUCUUCGCGGUAACAUUCAUAGGGUCAAUCGUGUGGAUAGCUGGAUACUCGUACCUGAUGGUCUGGUGGGCGAACGUUUUUGGUGAUACCGUUCGUAUACCACCGGAAGUGAUGGGCCUGACGUUCCUGGCUGCCGGUACCAGUAUUCCCGAUCUCAUCACAAGCGUCAUCGUCGCAAGAAAGGGAUUCGGUGAUAUGGCAGUAUCUAGUUCUGUCGGUAGCAACAUCUUCGACGUCACUGUUGGGCUUCCGGUACCGUGGCUCCUCUACGGCUUGAUCUAUGGGAAGCCAGUGGAGGUGAACUCGGUGGGUAUGGUGUGCAGCAUAGCGAUUCUCUUCUGCAUGCUACUAUUCGUGAUUAUGAGCAUCGCCUGCUUCAAAUGGAAAAUGAACAAGGGUCUCGGCUUCACGAUGUUCCUUCUCUACUUCGUCUUCGUUGCUGUCUCGCUCAUGUUCGAGUACGAGAUACUAGUCUGUCCUGUCUAGGAAAGAAAAGUAGAGCUAAAUGCUCAUGAACAAUAUCGUCUCGUGUUCGUCAUUGAGAAAUGGCACCAAAAGUAUCAUCAUAAUCGUUAUCACGAUCGUCAUUAUCAUCAUUAUUAUGGUUACCGUUAUCAUUAUUAUCAUCAUCAGCAACAACAGGAGCAAAAUCAGUAGUAUCCUCGUGAACGAGUCGACGAUCUCUUUCUCGAGCUGAGGAUUUGUGCGUUCUAUCGAUCUCAUGAAAAUGGAGAAGGAGAAGGUGGAGUUGGAGGAGGAGGAGGAGAAGAAGCAGAAAAAAGAAAAAAGAAAAAGAAGGAGAGGAAGAAGGGGGAAGAAGGAAGAAGAGGAAGAAGGAGUAAGCGAGCUUUUCCACGAUAUCGUCACCAUCGACCACCACCACCACCACCACCACCACAAUCACUACCAGAAGCACCAGCACAGUCAAACAUCGCCAUAGACAGUCAACACCCACCUAAGAAGAAUAGAAAAUAUUUCUUCUUUAUAGUCGAAGAUGUAUAUAUUGUAUAAACCUUGAAAUACCUGAAACGAAAUACUCAUCUGAUCUUAAGAAGAUUCACGAUGGCUCUCUAAUCACGAGCUAUCUCAUUCGUUCGUUCGUUCGUCCGUUCGUUCGUUUAGGCGUGGCGAGCGUGUCAGCCGAUCGUGCCAAGGAUUACAGAAAAUGAAAAGGAAAAAAAAAAAAAUUACAAAAAAAAAGAACAAAAACAAGAAAUCGUGUUCCUCUUUUGCUUCAUACAUACAUAUGUUAUCUCGUAGAGAAAAAAGUAAGA